CAGUGCGAAAACAUCGGUUGGUGGUAAACAAUUUAAAAUGAGUUUUAACAAAAAUAAAACUUUUUGCAAGGAAACUGAAGAUCUUUUACGUGAAUGGGACAUGGAAGAAUUAAUUCCUGAUUUCGUGGAAAAACAAGUGGAUUUAGAAGUUUUAAAAAAUCUUACUGUAGAUGACAUAAAUUUGUUAAUAGAAUGUUUCGGUUUGCGAAUUCGAUUUCGAACAAAAUUAAAUAAAUGGCGUGAAGAUAAUGAUCUACCUUUGGUAAUAUCGAGUGCAAGCAGAAAUGAGAGGAGAACAAGCACACAUUUGGCUAGAAGACAUUUUGGAAAUUUACAAGCUUCUGAAUUCUUUGGAAGAAAGUAUGGAGAGAAUUGUGACGAAAUGACGGAAAGGCCUAGAGUUUCAUAUACUCAAAAUAACAACACAUAUUGGUCACAUAAUACAGUCACAUUAAAUUUAAGCGGUCCAUUUCCAAAUUUUUUUAAAUAA